GGAAUUCCCCUUCUGAAAUACGGAGUAUUGGUUUUUUGCCAUCAGACUCUUCAUCUUUUUUUCUACCGGAGUAUAUAAAAAAAAAAUACUACAGGAUCUCUAGUUCUUAUUGAUGGAGAAGAGCAGUUCCCCUAAUCGCCUUUCUUCCAUGAACUCUCAUCCUCAGGAUUCUGCAGUUGAUAGCAUUCUGGUUCUUACAGAUGAUGUUGUGGUAUCACUUUCUGCCGUUCAUAGUGCAGUUGGGAUAGUGAAGAAGGCAGGGGUUGAAAAGUUGGAUCCUUUGAUCAUCACGCAGGCUUCAUAUCAGAGCAUUACUUCAGUGGGAUCUUCUACUGUGGAUAUUAUUGUCAUUAUAUUCAAAUCAUCUGAGUUUCCCAGUGAUCAGUUAUUUGUAGCUGUCACAAGAGUGUUGAAACCUGGUGGGACGGUUUUGCUCAAGCCAACUUCUCUUUCAGCUACAGAGACAAUGUUGAAAUCUACACUUGAGCGGAAGUUGCUUUUGGCAGGCUUCAUGGAUGUACAAUCACUUGAAUCUGCCCAAUCUUUUGGGGUUACUGGUAAGAGGCCUUCAUGGAAUAUUGGUUCAUCCUUCUCUAUUAAAAAGGCUGCAAAGAGUUUGCCCAAAGUUCAGAUAAAUGACGACGCAGAUCUCAUUGAUGAGGAUAGCCUUCUAACAGAUGAAGAUCUGAAGAAACCUCAACUGCCCACUGUUGGUGAUUGUGAAGUAGGGACCACUAGGAAAGCCUGCAAAAACUGUAGUUGUGGUCGAGCAGAAUUAGAAGCUAAGGUGCAGCUUGAGUUGACCACGGAACAGAUUAAUAAUCCCCAGUCUUCCUGCGGCAGUUGUGGUCUAGGUGAUGCUUUCCGUUGUGGUACAUGCCCUUACAGAGGACUUCCUCCAUUCAAACUUGGUGAUAAGGUAACUCUUUCUCAAAAUUUUCUGGAGGCCGACUUCUAGGAGCAGGCUAGAUCACCGAACACAUUUCUUCUCGGCUCUAGACGAACAAUUGUGAAGUGUUUGAUUUGAUGCAGUUACAUGAUCUCUAUAAGUGGCGGUUCGAACUCAAUAGCUCAUUUUUCGAAAAUAUAUUGUCACCAUUGGAACAUUUGUUUCCCUUUGUACUUUCUUUUGCCCCUUGGUGCUGUUGCAAAUGAUGUGUUUUUUGUGUGUGUAAAUUGUUGUUGUGAGUAGUGUGUAACACUACAACCAACAAUAUGCAUCAUCUUCCAUAUCCAUUAUGUUUGUUGUGUGAACAAUCCAAUGAAAUACAUUAACUAGG